UCAAAUGGCAGUAUUGUGAGGAAAUGUAGCACCAUCAGCCACACAUGCUGAGUCCUCUGCACUCAUACACACAACACAGUUGACGCGACGACCGAGUGCAUCAACUGGCGAACUCGGCUUAAUCCCUCAUCUACCUAUCGCACUUGACCUACACAGCGACACGAGGCGAAAAUUCCCUGUGUGUAUGCAGGGGGAGGCACCCACGAAUAUCUGAAUGCCUCACACGGGCUCAAGAAAGUGCAAUCCCGCUCUCUCGUGUCUCUCCCCCCACCCCUUCACGCGACCACAACACCACACCCACAGUCGGUCAAUCGAGAAAUGCCCCCGGCAAUGUCUACGUUGCCGGCCGAGAAACUACGGCGCAGUCAGCCCCGGCCCCCCGAUGGGCUCGUUCGUCCGCUGAUUCGUUCACUUCUGCGGCGGAGCGUCUUCAUAGCCGUAGGGGUUGGUGGACUGCCACUUCCACGCGUUGGCACACGCCUCCCUGUUCAUCACAUCAACGAUAUCCAUCCAUCAGACACGAACAAACUACAUUCACGCAAUCCCUGUCAUGUGCCGUGUCUUCGUCGUACUGUAUGGUCCUCUUUGCGGUCCAGUUGAGCUCCUUGUUGGCCUUGGAGGGGUCCGCAACGACAGUCGCCAAGUCGCCAGCACGCCUGACACCACACACAUACACACAGGGAACGAAUGGGUGUUGGGUGCUGGUUUGGCUAAUCGAUUAGGUCUGACCCACCUGGCUUCGAUUUUGUAAGGUAUUUUGACGCCGGAGGCCUUCUCGAAGGAGUCGACCAUUUCCAGUACCGACACACCCUUACCCGUGCCUAUGCACACAUACACGUACACGUACACGUACACAUGCGCUUCGUCGGUGGUCUCUCUGAGUGCGUCUGUACCUACCGAGGUUGUGUGUGAUGCAGCAUGGGUCGCCCUGGAAGAGCUUGGUCAAGGCCGCGAUGUGGCCCUCAGCCAAAUCCUCCACGUGCAGAUAAUCCCGCACACCUGACACAACCACAUACACAGACAACACAUACGCGUACACGUCUGUAAUGUGUGCACACGCACGAGUGCAAGCUCACGUACCGGUGCCGUCCGGUGUGUUGUAGUCGUUGCCGAACACGCUGAGCUGUGGUCGUCUGCCGACGGCGACCUGCUGAAUGUAGGGUAGGAGGUUGUUGGGCUGGGAGGGCGACUCGCCGAUGCGGCCGGAGGGGUGCGCGCCCACGGGAUUGAAGUACCGCAGGAUGGAGAUCUUCCACGACGGAUCGCUCUUGUACAGAUCCUGCAAUAUCUGCAGAUGAUAUAUAUGAUCGACAAUGCCAUCACAUCCUCUCUCACAGACGGCCAACCCCAUGUGCUGUGUUCGUAUGCAUGUGCCCCUUUCUCCCACACACACACACUCACAGACCUGUUCGAUCAUGAAUUUGGUCCAUCCAUAGGGAUUGGACGGCCCCAGCGCGUCUUGCUCGGUGAGCGGCGUCUCUUUUGGCGCAUACACGGUGGCGCUGGACGAGAAGACGAGCACCUUGCAGCCCGCCUCGCGCAUCACUUUGAGCAGCGUCAGAGUCCCCGAGACGUUGUUGGUGUAGUACUCGAGCGGCAUCGCCACGCUCUCACCCACGGCCUUCAACGCCGCGUAGUGGAUCACACCAUCGAAUUUCUGUCGGCCAACCCACCACAACGGCACACCGCAUAAAUAUACUCUGUAUGGUGUCUGUGCAUUGUCCCGUCUCUCUCUCACCUGUUCUUUGAACAACUUGAGCAGCGCGUCUGUGUCGAUUGUGUCGGUGGUGAAGAGCGGGACGUCCUCGCCGGUGAUCUGCUUGAGGCGCUCCUUGACCUUGAGCGACGCGUUGCUCAGGUUGUCCAGAAUCGACACGCGAUAACCCGCCUUGAGCAGAUGCACCACCGUGUGUGAACCGAUAUAACCCGCGCCACCCGUACUGCGCACCAGAAGAGAUGACAAGUGCAUUCGGGGAACCAACAGAGAUCUGCCUUUCCUCGCAUCUUUCCUCACCAGAGGAUGUGUUUGGCUCCCCCUUCGCCAGCCAUGGCUGCCCUCAGUGCCGUCCUGCACCCUCUUUGGCUCUCCGAAGACGACGCACAGGCGGCUCGACACAGAUGGAAGCAAUCACCCGGUGCUGCCGCCACAAGCAGGAGCAGUGCGCAGCCAACAAGCAGCACACUGCGGCGCAUCCACCGAAGGGGAUCGCCG